AUGGUGAUCCUCCCGCAGCAUAGCAACAACCUCAGCACCGGCCACAGCUCCGUGUCGGACCCCGCCGCCGGCGCGCUGAGCCGGGCGGGUCACACCGCGGCGGCCGUCGUCCUCGGGUUCAUCCUGGUGCUGGGCUUCAUCGGUAACUUCCUCGUGCUGCUGGUGUUCUCGCGCUUCCCCGGGCUGGUGACUCCGGUCAACCUGCUGCUGGUCAACAUCAGCGCCAGCGACAUGCUCGUCUGCAUCUUUGGGACUCCGCUCAGCUUCGCGGCCAGCGUGCGCGGCAGGUGGCUGACCGGGUCCUACGGGUGCCGGUGGUACGGUUUCUCCAACGCGUUUUUCGGUAUUGUGUCUCUGGUGUCUCUCUCUCUGCUCUCCUUCGAGCGGUACACUGUGGUGCUCCGCAGCACCCAGUCUGACUCCUCUCAGUACAGCAGGGCCAGGCUCGCUGUCGCAGCCUCAUGGCUCUACUCACUGGUCUGGACUCUGCCUCCCCUGCUGGGCUGGAGCAGCUAUGGGCCGGAGGGUCCCGGCACCACCUGCUCCGUCCAGUGGCACCAGCGUUCGGCCACAGCUCGCUCCUACAUCAGCUGUUUGUUCAUCUUCUGCCUGCUGCUGCCGCUGCUGCUCAUGAUCUUCUGCUACGGGAGGAUCCUGCUGGCUGUGCGAGGGGUAGCGAGACAGGUCACCAUGAUCAACCAGUCCUCAGCUGAGAGGCGGGAAAGCCGUGUCCUUCUCAUGGUGGUCUCCAUGGUGACGGGCUACCUAUUGUGCUGGAUGCCAUACGGUGUUGUGGCGAUGCUCGCCUCCUUUGGACGGCCCGGCAUGGUACCACCUGUCGCCAGUUUAAUUCCGUCCCUGCUGGCGAAGACCAGCACCGUCCUCAACCCUGUUAUUUAUGUGCUGCUCAACAACCAGUUCUCCAGGUGUUUCCUGUACAUGAUCAGGUGCAGCUCUGAAGCCCCGCCCACCCCAGUUCACCACACAUUGCCCAGCAGCAGGUGUGUGUGGCGUCACACUCCCACCCCGCCAACAGAGGAGCAAAACACAGCGGCUGCCAGGUUAACAUCCAGAGACCAGCAGGUACAGCGGCCUGCUCUGGUGCUAGUGGCCCAAUAUGCAACUUAG